ACGAAUAGGAAGAGAAGCGUGGGAGGAGGAUUUUUUUGCCGCAGCGUCCCCAUGGCGGCGGGAAGAGAAACCGACGAACAGCUGACCGAGUACGAGAAGCAGCGGCUGUCGCGGAUACGCGAGAACGAGGCCCGACUCGAGGCCCUGGGCCUCCGCAGCCUCGCAGCGUCCCCUCUUCUCCGCAACUCGUCGCCGGGGACGGCCAAGGGGAAGCAGAAGAAGAGGUCCGUCGACGAGGACGAGGAGUACGUCCCGUCCGAUAGCGGCGGUGAGGAGAAGGACGAGAGCUCGUCGGAGAGCGCGCAAGACGAAGAGGUGGAUGGAGAGGGGAAAUCAGCUUCUAUGUCACGCGCCAAGGGAAAGAAAAGGAAAUUGUCAAAAUCUGGUAAAUCUACAAAGAACACGCCUACUAAGGGUAGUGCUUCUUUUGCUGAGGUGGUGGAUGAUGAUACAUCCUUACAGCAGGCUAUUGCUCUCUCCCUGGCGGAAUAUUCAGAAAAGCCUGUGACUUCAUUGGGUGCAGAAACAUCAAGCACAGUAACAAGAGCGAGUGAAAGUACUCCCCAGAAGAACAGCAAAGCAUCCAUUCAGGACUCAGCUAAGAACAAGAAGAUUAAAAAGCUGGGUAAGAGCAGGAUUCAGCUGUCAGAAGAUGAUGUGGUUCAAUUCUUCUUCUCAUUUGACGAAGUUGGUAAAGGAUAUAUUACACCAUGGGAUCUUGAAAGAAUGGCUACAAUAAAUGAUUUCAUCUGGACAGAUUCUGAGAUAUCUAAGAUGAUCCGUUGCUUUGAUAGUGACGGUGAUGGGAAGAUAAACCUCGAGGAUUUCCGCAGCAUUAUAUCUCAAUGCAACAUGUUGCAGGAGCAUGAGAAGUGAGGAUGACGAGUGUUGCUGGUCUGCAGAUGCUUGUACUCUAGUUUUGCAUGGCCUAACCUGUGACAUUGCAUCAACAUUGUUGGAAUAGUAGCGGACAUAAAGCCAUUGCACAUAACCUUUGUAGUUGCAGCUUGUCAAGUCCAGUUGACCGGGGAUUUUAUGAUUCUACUAACUUGUUUGAGAGAAGGGGAUUAGAUGGAAUUGAGUGGCUAUUCAAAAUUGAAUAGAAAGGUUAUGUUCUUCCGUGGAACAAACCAAUUCUAAAAUUGAUAGUUACUGCAAUCAUAGCUU